AUGGUGCACUCCAAGGUUGUUAUCAUCGGUUCCGGCCCUGCCGCACACACCGCCGCGAUCUAUCUCUCGCGAGCGGAGCUGAAGCCUGUCCUCUAUGAAGGUAUGCUGGCCAACGGCACUGCCGCCGGUGGUCAGCUCACCACCACCACCGACAUUGAGAACUUCCCCGGUUUCCCCAACGGCAUUGGUGGCUCAGAGCUCAUGGACGAUAUGCGCAAGCAGUCCAUCCGAUUCGGCACAGAAGUCAUCUCCGAGACUAUCUCCAAGGUCGACUUUUCGCAAAGACCCUUUAAGCUGUGGACCGAAUGGAACGAUGGCCCUGAGAACGAGCCCGCCCACACCGCCGAUGCUGUUAUCAUCGCAACUGGUGCCAACGCCCGCCGUCUCAACUUGCCCGGCGAGGAGACCUUCUGGCAGAGCGGUGUCAGUGCCUGUGCUGUCUGUGACGGUGCUGUGCCCAUCUUCCGCAACAAGCCCCUCUACGUUAUCGGAGGUGGUGACUCGGCCGCCGAAGAGGCCAUGUUCCUGACCAAGUACGGCAGCAGCGUCACCGUGCUCGUCCGCCGUGACAAGCUCCGUGCCAGCAAGGCUAUGGCUAACCGCCUCUUGGCCAACCCUAAGGUCAAUGUCCGCUUCAACACCGUCGCUACUGAAAUCCAGGGUGACGGCCUCAUGAAGAACCUCAAGAUCAAGAACACCAUUACCGGCGCGGAGGAGGUUGUCGACGCCAACGGUUUGUUCUACGCUGUUGGUCACGACCCCGCCACCGCCCUGGUCAAGGGCCAGAUCGACCUUGACGAUGAAAACUACAUUAUCACCAAGCCCGGUACCAGCUACACCAGCCUGGAGGGUGUCUUUGCCUGUGGUGAUGUCCAGGACAAGCGGUAUAGACAGGCCAUCACCAGUGCCGGAUCCGGCUGCAUUGCUGCUCUCGAGGCUGAGAAGUUCAUUGCCGAGUCUGAGCACCCCGAAGAGGCCGCGGGCGAGGCCUCCUCUACUGCUGCAUCUGCCCAGCCUGCCGCUCAGGAAACUGACGGUGAGACCAAGAAGGACAUCCAGGGCACUACCGCAGAGUACAAGUCCAACCCUCUGCUCUAA